AUGGCGAAAUGCACGCCCAUUAAGAUCGAUGACACCAUGGCAACCGGUGGGGGAAAUCAGAAAACGGAGAUUGGUCAAGACGGAACACGAGUGGCACUUGUUGCUGCUUUCCGGACAGGAUCGACAUUUACUGGCGAAUUACUCAAUCAAAAUCCUGAUAUAUUUUAUCUGUUUGAACCAUUCAGGCUUGUUCGAGACAUAAUAGCAGUUGAUGCAAUCGGAAAAGACCUGGAGAAUUCAACCAAAUUAGAAUUGCUGAGAGACAUUUUUGCAUGCCGAUUCCCAGCGUAUUUUGUUCAUCAUAUCCGACAUUGGGGGUUAGCUGUGUAUGAAAGUAAAGCGCUAAAGAAUGCGUGUAUGUUACAUGGAGGGUGUGCAAAUACGACACCGGAAGUACUGGCUGAGACAUGUGAUAUGUAUAAACACGUAGCCAUGAAAGUCAUACGUCUACAGUCUCUAGAACUAUUACAACCACUGGCAGUUAGAGAUGAAAUAAAUUUGAAGGUUCUCCACCUCAUCCGUGAUCCUCGGGGAGUUGCAUCUUCACGAAAGUAUUUCCACAAGGGCUCUGUAAAUAAAACAAUUACAAACAUAAUUAUUGACCCAAUGAAAGAAUAUUGCCAAUGCGCUGUAGAAAUGAUCGAGUUCAGCUCAAAUCUGCCUGACUGGUUGCGUGGUAGAUAUAAACGCAUCCGGUACGAGGAUAUUGCAGUAGAACCACUUAACUCAGCCAAUAGAAUUUACAAAUUUCUCAAUCUGCCAUUGCCUGCUAGUGUCAAGGAUUGGAUUGAUAAGAAUACAAAAUCGGAUAAUGUAAAAUCGAAGGGUAAUAUGAGCCUAAGUAAGAAUUCCACUGUUGCAGCUCAAUCGUGGCGGUCUAGACUGCUGUACGAAGAUAUUGAAAUUAUUCAAAAUUUGCCAGAUUGUAGUAAACUCAUGCAUUUAAUGAGUUACCACCGAGUAGACAAUCCAAUUCAAAUGACAGACAUGUCAUUUAUAACUUUUUAG